AAAAUGUUUAAAAAAAUUUUACAACGUUCAAUUACUUAUCAAAAAUUAAAUUUUCUCGCAAUUAAUCAGAAAAAGAACUUACAAACAUCAACGAAUUCGGGAGAAAUCCCAGAACCUGAAUUCAACGAAGAGUUUUAUUGUAAUCCAGCAAAUAAAGACAUAAUUAAGAAUGAUAUAAAUCAUAGAAAAUUUGCCAGAGACAUUGAUAAAAUUCUGGAAUUGGUAAAUAGUCCAAAAUCAAGACAAAUGUUAUUGAAAGAGCUGGAAAAACUUCCUAACCUUACAGACCCAAGAGUUUUAGAAUAUAAUAAAUCAGGGAAAAUUUUAAGAGCAUGUGAAAAUUUAAAAAAAUUUGAAUUUACUCCAAAAACUUUUUCUGAGCUUUCUAAGUCAUUAAAACUAUUACAAAUGGAUCAGUUAGGACCUAUCGCUGGACCAAAAAGUUACAUUUUAUUAGGAGAUUUAGCUCAAAUGGAAGAAGCUCUAAUUCAAUAUACUGUAAGAAGAUUAAUGAAAAAAGGCUUCAAGCUGGUUUCAGUUCCUGAUAUUUUGCCAACAAAAAUUAUUGAAAGAUGUGGAUUAGUAAUGGAUAAUGAAAGACACCUUGUCUAUAAUUUAGGUCAACAUUAUGACAAGUUAAGUCUUUCCGGAACAGCAGAAAUGGCUCUCGCUAUGAAAUUAAUGAACUGUGAAAUCAAUGUUCAUGAUCUACCGUUAAAACUCGCAGCAGUAAGUCGAUGUUUUAGAGCUGAAAUAUCUAACUCUGCUGAUGAGCAUGGAAUUUAUAGAGUUCAUCAAUUCACGAAAGUUGAGAUGUUUGCUUGUACUGAUGAAAAUAGUUCGUCAGAGUUUUUAGAAGAACUUAAAGAUAUACAAGAAGAUCUUUUUACUAAUUUAGGACUCCAAUUUCAAACUAUUGAUAUGCCUUCUCAUGAAUUAGGAGCACCAGCUUAUCGAAAAAUAGACAUUGAAGGAUGGUUACCUGGAAAAAAAGAUUUCGGUGAACUUUCUAGUUGUAGUAAUUGUACUGAUUAUCAGUCUCGCAGAUUAAAAAUUAGAUACAAAAAUAAAGAUGGAGAACUAAAAUAUGUACAUACAUUAAAUGGUACUGCUUGUGCUAUUCCUAGGAUGUUAAUUGCUAUUUGUGAGACAUUUCAAACUGCUGAUGGAAAUAUUAUGGUUCCAGAUAAACUUGUACCAUUCAUGAAUGGUAAGAGUAUAAUAGAAAAGCAAAAUGUUGGAGAUAUGAGAAUUUAUAAACAAAAAAAGAAGCAAUAAAUUAAUGGAUGGAAAUUUUA